AUGGCUCUCCUCAAGCAGACGUGGACCCUGAUGGGCAAGAACUGGAGGUCCAUUCUCCUGCGCCAUCCAACCAUCACAGUCUUCAUGGCCCUGAUUGUUCCCGUCUUCCUCGGCGCCUUCUUCAGCUUCGCAAGGAAUCUCUUUGUCCCCCCAGCCGAUUUUGGUAUCGCCACGCCCAGUGCCAUUCGAUCCCUGGGCGACGCCUACGAAGUUGGCAAGAGUACUGGCAGAGACAAGGUUCUUUUAGUCAACAAUGGCUUUACUGGCGGCGAUAUCGAGCGAGUCUUUGAUCAGCUGGCUACGGCAACCACAAAUGCCAACUCUGACAUACAAGUCAUCCGCAUCGAUAGUGAAAGUGAUAUCCCUAGGCACUGCCGUAGCACCCUGCGCGGCGUUACGACCUGCUUCAAUGCCGUGGUGAUGAGGUCCUCACCAAACGAGGGGAGCGGUGGCCUUUGGAACUACACCAUCCGGACCGACGCCGACUUCACACGCAGCUCCGUCAGGUUCAGCGUGAAGAACACCAAGAACCCUUCCCAGGUCUAUAUGAUUCCUACGCAGCGCGCUGUCGAUCAGAUCAUUGCUAAGCUCCAAACCCCCGAAGCCGAUCCGUUGGCCAACACCAAAGAACUUGCAUUUACCAGCUUGACCGAACCAGAGCGGCAGCAAUACAUCCGGGAGAUCUACUGCCAGGCUAUCAUUAACUUCAUGGGUGUCACUUUUAUCGCCACCAUCCUCUGGGUUACAUACCACUUGACGGGGUUCAUUGCCACUGAGCGAGAGAACGGCAUAGCAAAUUUGAUCGAUGCCAUGAUGCCCGUGAAAUAUCCAUGGAUGUCACAGGCCGCUCGUAUCAUCUCACACCACCUAUCCUUCAGCAUCGUUUAUAUUCCGGCCUGGGUCAUCUCCGCCGCUAUCCUGCGAGCUGGUGUUUUCACACACACAAAUCCGGGCGUGUUGAUCAUCUUCAAUAUCCUGGCUGGAUUGGCCCUGUCUUCAUUUUCGAUCCUCUUCGCUUCUCUGUUCAAGAAGGCCCAACUGAGUGGCAUCACUGCCAUUCUAGCCACGCUUCUUCUUGGUAUUCUGGCUCAAUCCAUCACGGCGCCUCGCACAGGAGUAGUGGCCGCUCUCUCGGUGCUGUUUACUCCUUGCAGUUAUGUUUACUUCAUUACUUUGAUGGCUCGCUUUGAGAAGGAACAAUUGCCCACCAACCUGACCGCAACCCCUCCAAACAGCCCCUGGAACCUUCCUGGUAUUGUCCUCUGGGUUUUUGUCAUCAUUCAAAUUUUCGCCUACCCCUUGAUUGGCGCCAUCAUUGAGAACAGUCUUUAUGGAACCUCUACCAAGGGCAGGAAGAUCCAAUUCCCAGAAGCUGGGGGAGCAGCUUUGGGUGAAAAUGCCGUUGAGUUGAGCGGAUUCACCAAAAUCUAUAACCCGAACAUCUUCUCACGAAUCUUUGCCAAGAAAUCUAAACCUGCCAAGCCUGUUAUUGCUGUAGACGAUCUCAGUUUCAAUGCUCGGAAGGGUCAGAUCGUCGCCCUGCUUGGUGCUAACGGCUCAGGAAAGAGCACCACCCUCAACAGCAUUGCUGGCCUUAGUAAAUUAACUAGCGGUUCUAUUGCCAUUGAUGGCACAGGGGGGCUUGGUAUCGCGCCCCAGAAGAAUGUGCUUUGGGAUGAUCUGACAGUCGAAGAACAUCUCAGAAUAUUCAACCGCCUGAAGUCGCCUAAUGCUCUGGCCACGCCCCAGGAAAUAACUCAGCUCAUUGACGCAAUUGACCUGACUAAGAAGCGUAAAGCCCUGUCAAAGACACUUUCAGGAGGGCAGAAGCGGAAAUUGCAGCUGGGUAUGAUGCUAACUGGUGGCAGUGCCGUGUGCUGUGUCGACGAAGUCAGCAGCGGUAUUGACCCCUUGUCGCGUCGGAAGCUAUGGGACAUUCUCCUUGCAGAACGCGGAAAGCGAACUCUGAUUCUCACCACCCACUUUCUGGAUGAGGCCGAUCUGCUUGCUGAUCAUAUCGUCAUUCUGUCCAAGGGAACUCUUCGUGCUGAGGGCUCUUCAGUUGAACUCAAGGACAAACUCGGUGGGGGGUACAAGGUUCAUAUCCCGAAAUCUACUGGUAUGAAGUAUACGCCAGACAUCGAAGGCGUCACCAAGAAGGAAACACUUGACCUCGUCACCUACAAGUCACCCUCCUCCAGCCUCUCCGCAAAGGUCAUCAAGACUCUUGAGGAAGAAGGUAUUCCUGGCUAUCGCUUCUCUGGUCCCACAAUUGAAGACGUAUUCCUGCAAGUGGCUGAAGAGAUCAAAGAUGAGGAAGCUUUCCGCAACUCGGAAAACACCACAGAGUUACAUGAAAAGCAUUCUGGAGAUGAAAGCCCGAAGAAGAGCGGCCUAAAGCUGCUGGAUGGCCAGAAAGUUGGAUAUGUGAAACAGGCCCAGAUCCUUUUCAUGAAGCGUCUGACUAUUCUCAAGAGAAACUAUCUUCCAUAUUUUAUCGCUUUUUGGCUACCCAUUCUAGCGGCUGGCCUCACGUCGCUCUACGUCAAACGCCAGACCACCCCUGGCUGCUCACCAUCCUCCCAAGUAUCGACCUCUACGACGCAAGACGCGUUUUCUCAAGUCAGUAGCAGCGGCAAUAUCUCAUUUUUCGCCGGACCUCGCGCCAGCUUGUCGCAAGCAACGAUGCUUGAGCUCUUGCGACCCAUUUUCGGCGGUGGGGGCAAGGGAGUCUCCAGGGGUCAAGCCGCCCUCAGUAACCUGCAAUUGGUUGAUACUUUUGACGAGUUCCAAAAUAUCCUAAACGACAAAAGGAAGAAUCUAACCACUGGGUUCUGGCUUGGAGACGACUCUAAUCCACCUACGAUUGCUUACGUGGCCAAUCUUUUCGUGACCAGUCCCAUCACUGCUCAACAAUUUUUGGAUACUCUUCUCACCAACACCACGAUUCAGACCACCUGGUCUCCUUUCCAGGUUCCUUUCGACCCUCAAACUGGCGAUUCGUUGAAUUUGGUGAUCUAUAUGGGUCUUGCUUUAUCCUGCUAUCCUGCGUUCUUCGCCCUCUAUCCCAGCAACGAGCGCCGAAGGUUUGUAAGAAGUCUACAGUACUCCAAUGGUGUCCGCCCGUUCCCACUCUGGAUUGCAUAUCUCCUGUUCGACUUCACCAUCGCGCUUGUCAGUGCCGCUGUUGUUACUGGAAUCUGGAGCGGUCUGUCUUCAGUAUGGUUCCACAUCGAAUACGUCUUCGUCGUUCUGUUCCUCUACGGUCUUGCCUCGAUUUUGAUGGCUUACGUUGUCUCCCUCUUCACAAAAACGCAGCUGGCCACAUAUGCCUGGGCGGCCGCAAUCCAAGCUGUCCUGUUCUUGGCCUACCUCAUUGCCUACAUGUGUGUCAUCACAUAUGUCCCCGCAUCCAAGAUCGACAGGACUUUGCGCAUCGUGCACUUCGUCAUCUCGGCAGUCGGCCCAGUGGGCUCAGCUACAAGGGCUCUCUUCCUGACUGUCAACCUCUUCUCCACAGCGUGCAAUGGGGACGACUUGUCCACGAAUCCGGGCGGCAUCCUCCAGUUUGGAGGGCCUAUCCUAUACCUUGUGGUGCAAUGCUUCCUUCUUUUCGGCUUCCUUCUUUGGUACGAUGGUGGAUCGUCCGGCUCCUCACUAUUCAGCAUCUUCCAAAAGAAGAAGGAUGCCCCUGCCGAGCAUGAGAUCUCAGAUGAGGAGAUUGCCGGCGAGCUUACCCGAGUCACGAGCUCGGGUACCAACGAGGACGGGCUUCGUGUUCUGAAUCUCACCAAGUCUUUCGGGAAGAACACUGCGGUCGACAACGUCACGUUUGGUGUCAAGCGCGGCGAAGUUUUUGCCUUGCUCGGCCCUAACGGCGCGGGUAAAUCCACAACCAUCAGCAUGAUCCGUGGCGAUAUCAAGCCAAGCCACCAUGGCGGAGAUGUCUUUGUUGAGAAUAAGUCGGUCACCCGAGAGUUGGCCGCAGCGAGAGCCAAUCUCGGUGUCUGCCCCCAAUUCGACGCCUUGGAUCAAAUGACCGUCCGGGAACACCUUGAAUUUUAUGCCAAGGUCCGCGGCAUUCCAGACGUCAAUCACAACGUUACAGCCAUCAUCCAAGCCGUCGGUCUCAGCUUAUACUCAAACCGAAUGGCCAAUGCUCUGUCCGGAGGCAAUAAGCGAAAACUAAGCCUGGGCAUCGCUCUCAUGGGCAACCCUGGCGUUGUCCUGCUCGAUGAGCCCUCAUCGGGACUCGACGCCGCCUCGAAGCGAGUCAUGUGGAAGACCCUUGCCGCCACAGUCCCCGGGCGCUCCAUCCUGCUCACCACCCACAGCAUGGAGGAGGCCGACGCACUCGCGGGCAGGGCCGGCAUCAUGGCCCGCCGGAUGCUGGCGCUAGGCACGCCGGAUGAUCUGCGCCACCGCUUCGGCGACGCCCUCCACGUCCAUCUCGUGUCCGCCACGGCCCCACGGACGACCGAGCAGGAGAUGGCCAAGAUCCUCGCCUGGAUCCAGGAGACCCUCCCGUCGGCCGACGUCGAGGACAAGACCUACCACGGCCAGCUGCGCUUCUCGAUCCGCGCGAGCGACUUUUUGGCCAGCACCCGGGGCAAGACCGCGGCCGAGAUCACCACCGCCCAGGAGCAGGAUCUCAGCCAGAGCGCCAUCGGCAACCUCAUGAUCCUGUUCGAGGAGAACCGAUCAGCCCUCAACAUCAGCCAUUACAGCGUCAGCCCCACUACCCUAGACCAGGUCUUCCUGACCGUCGUCGGCCAGCACAACGUCAAGGAAGAGGGCUACGAGGAGCAAGAAAAGGUGCCCUUCUGGAAGAAGAUGCUAUGUUUAAGACCCUAG